AUGGAUGCUGUUCUCCGGCAGUCCAAGGCCAUGUGCCCCUUCUUGAAGAAGGCCUCACCAGCCACUCUGCGUGCCCUGUCGACCUCGACCCGGCCCCAGGUAUCCCCCUGUGGCGGCACCAUCUCGAAGCUGCAGCUGCUUGCCCAUCGCUGCCCAGUCAUGGGCAAGGCGAUGGCUGUACAGUCUGCCAAAGUCGGUCGCGCUGGGAUGGGCGGCGCUGCUGCUGUUGCUGGUCUGUCCACUUACUCCGGCCACGCAAAGGCUGGCAAAGCGAAGCUGCAUACCACCCGAGCCCACGAUGCCAGGGCUGUUGAGAGCCCAUUGUUCAAUCCUCGGGAGAAAGCACCCCUCCCACCAAGCAUGGCUUCUCGCCAGUCCGCCGCAUCUCCUACUCAUCAGCCGGGCAAUCCACUCAAGAAUGAUGCCAAGUUCGACUACGAGGCCUUCUACAAUGCUGAGCUAGACAAGAAACAUAAGGACAAGUCCUACCGUUACUUCAACAACAUCAAUCGCCUCGCUAAGGAAUUUCCUCGUGCGCAUAUGGCAAGCAAGGAGGAACGGGUGACCGUGUGGUGCGCAAACGACUAUCUUGGUAUGGGAAGAAACCCUCAAGUCCUGAAGGCUAUGCAUGAAACGCUGGAUGAAUACGGUGCUGGUGCGGGUGGAACGAGAAACAUCUCCGGCCACAACAAACAUGCAGUCGACCUUGAGACGACCAUCUCGAAGCUGCACUCGAAGGAGGCGGCACUGGUCUUCAGCUCUUGCUACGUGGCCAAUGAUGCUACUCUGGCUACUCUUGGUAGCAAAAUGCCCGAGUGUGUCAUCCUAUCCGACAGUCUAAACCACGCCUCUAUGAUUCAGGGCAUCCGGCACUCUGGGACGAAGAAGAUUGUUUUCAAGCACAACGACCUGGCCGAUUUAGAGGCGAAGCUGGCCUCCUUGCCACUCCAUGUUCCCAAGAUCAUUGCUUUCGAGUCAGUGUACAGUAUGUGUGGCUCAAUUGGCCCCAUUGAAGCCAUAUGCGAUCUCGCCGACAAGUAUGGCGCAAUCACUUUCCUAGACGAAGUCCAUGCAGUGGGCAUGUACGGCCCGCAUGGUGCUGGUGUCGCCGAGCACCUCGACUUUGAAGCUCAUAAGCAAGGCAAGCCUCUGGGCACCAUCAUGGAUCGAAUUGAUAUCAUCACAGGCACGCUUGGAAAAGCAUAUGGCUGCGUGGGAGGAUACAUUGCGGGCAGUGCGAAGCUGGUUGAUAUGAUCCGAUCCCUGGCACCGGGUUUCAUCUUCACCACGUCUCUCCCCCCCGCAACAAUGGCAGGCGCAAAGGCCGCCAUCGAAUACCAAAUGGGUUACAAUGGCGAUCGACGACUUCAGCAGCUUCAUACGCGAGCUGUCAAGGAGGCACUCAAUGAUCGCGAUAUACCUGUGAUCCCGAACCCGUCACACAUCAUCCCCAUUCUUGUCGGUAACGCCGAGGUUGCCAAGCAAGCUUCAGAUAUGCUGCUACAAAAGUAUCAGAUUUACGUCCAGUCGAUCAACUACCCGACUGUGCCGGUAGGCCAAGAGCGCCUCCGCAUUACACCCACCCCGGGCCAUACAAAGGAAUUCCGAGAUCACCUUGUUGAGGCUGUAGAUGCCAUCUGGAACGAGUUGGGCAUCAAGCGCACCUCUGAGUGGGCAGCUGAGGGUGGAUUUAUCGGAGUUGGUGAGCCCGGUGUUGGUGCCGAGGCCCCGUUGUGGACGGAUGCGCAGCUUGGAAUCGAGCAGGCUACGCAGGAGAUCAAGGCCGCCGGCGAAGUGCGCCCCAGCAGUGUCAUGGAGACUUUGCUCGAGCGCGAGAUGAAGAACGCCUCCAAUGCCGUGAGCGCCGCCGCUUGA